GAAAUUUUCCGCAAAAGGCGUUCUAAAGUUAAUUUAUUGCUAUAGAUUUCAAAUUAGGGUUUCUUCAAUAGUUAUAGAGUUUAAGCUAUCAAUAGAUAAGAUAAUUAACAGAUCUAUAGAUAAAAUUUUUUAGUUAAAUAAAUAUUAUUUUUUAGAAUGCCGGAAUUGAAAUUUUCAAUAUAUUAUAUAUAAACAGAGCUAUAUCUGAUGAUAAUUGAUCGACAAUCAUUUUUCAUGCAAAGCCUUUUACAUUAACGAAUUAUAAUAAUUAAUCCAUAAAUGACAGUGGAUGUUAAAUUAGAAAAUCAAAUUUCAGUUGCCGAGGUAGGCUCAUUAUCAUUCACUACUGAUAAUGAUGAUUCUCAACAAUUAGAAAAGAGAUUCGGCCUUUGGACAACCAUUGCUUUACAAUAUUCUCUUAUCUGUUCAGGUCUUGCUAUUGGUACAUUCUUAAGUACUGUUAUUGGAGUUGGUGGUUCACCAUUUUUAAUCUAUGGAUUUAUAUUUGCAGUAACUUUGGAUUUAAUAAUAUGUUUCAGUCUUGCAGAAUUAGCAUCUGCAUUCCCGCAUUCUGCUGCCCAAGAACAUUGGUCUUACUGUAUCGCCCCAAAGGGGUAUAAGAAGAUACUUGGAUUUUCAGCUGGGAUCUUAUCUUGUGCAGGGUGGAUUUUUUCAUGUUUUAGUUCUUCAUAUGUAUCAUCAAUGUUUUUAAUAUCUUUGGCUGAAAUUUAUCAUCCAGAUUUCGUGGCAGAAGAUUAUCAUUAUUAUAUUUGUUUUGCUGGGGUUACUUUACUUGGAUUUUUCUUAAAUGUUUUCUUAGUUAGAUUAUUACCUGUCCUUACUAAUGCUUUAGUAUUCAUAAUCAAUGCUGGUACAUUAUUUGUGAUUAUAACUUUAUUGGCUAGAGCUCAUCCAAAACAAACAACUGAUUUUGUAUUCAAAGAGAUCACUAAUGAAAGUGGUUGGUCUUCAACUGGAGUGGUAUUCUUCCUUAGUUUACUUCCAAGUAUUGUUAGUGUAUGUUUAUUUGAUGGUGCUGUUCAUAUGACAGAUGAAAUUGAUAAUCCAAAAAGAAAUAUCCCCCUUGUUAUGGUUAUUGCCAAUUCUAUUUCAGCUCUUGUUGCUUUCAUUUGUGCUAUUAUUUAUAUGUUCUGUGUUGUCAAUGUUGAGAAUUUGAAUGAUCCAAUCGGUGGAGAACCAAUUGUUCAAUUAAUGAUGGAUGCCUUUGAAUCAAAAGCUUUAACUACUAUCGGUGUAUUAUGUUUAAUCUUUACAUUUAUUGGAUCCACCAUGCUUUAUUAUUGUACAUGUUCAAGAUUAUUCUGGGCUUUUGCUAAAAACAAUGGACUUCCAUUUGGUAAAUAUAUUGGAAGUGUAUCUAAGAAAUAUAAAUCUCCAGUCUAUGCUAUAAGUCUUGUGGUUCUUAUUUGUUUAAUCUUAGGUACCAUUAUGUUUGGUUCAAGUACAGCUUUAAAUGCAUUAUUAGGUAGUGCUAUGGUAUGUGUCAACUUAUCUUACAUAUUCCCUAUUAUUUGUUUACUUAUCAGAUCCAAAUUUUCAAUCUCACCUCAAAAGAGAUUUGAAAACUUUGACGAAGAUGAAAUACAACCAGUUUUAGAACCAACUAGAAGAGUUCCAUAUUUCUCAUUAGGUAAAUUUGGUAUGCCUUUGAAUGUAAUUACAGUGGUAUGGGUUUGUUUUAUGAUGGUAUGGUUGAAUUUCCCUAUUUAUUAUCCUGUCACAGCUGAUACUAUGAAUUAUGCUUCUGCUGUGCUUGGGGUCACUUGUGUGAUCGGAAUUAUUUUAGGAUUCACCUCAUUCAAGAAUUACGAGCAUAAUGUAGAAAGUGGUCAUUAAGCUAUUUUCACAUAUUUUAUAUUUAUUUAAACAUCUUUCAAUUCUAAUAAUAUACAAUUU